AUGUGCUUUCAGCGCUUCACAAGGUACGUCUGCAAUCACGUUAUACUCAUUGAGGAGGAAUGCGGGCGGGCGGCAGGGGUUCCAUUCUAUGAGAAGGUGGCAUGCAGCGAUUAUCAAAGUGAACACAACGUCUCUUCGACGCCAUGCGGUCUCGGGGGCUUCUACUGCAAGUGGACCCCUGACGGCCGCGUGCUUGAAAGCGUCAAUCAACAGCUCGGAGAGUUGCGUCUGCAGCUGGAGCAGGCGCAGGAUGAAGUCGCACAAGCACAGCAACAACACAGGCAAUUCAAUACGAGUGCGGAUGUCUGGGGGCUGUCGCAGGAUCUGCGCUUGCAGCACCCAAGCUAUGCUCAGCUCACUGCGAUUGCGACGAAUGCUCUGCAGAAGCGCGAUGAGCUGGUCGCAAGGCGACAGCAGAGAAUUUUGACGUUACAGGCAGCCUGCCAAUUCUACCGCCAGCGUGAGCAGCGUCUUCAGCAGGCUGGUCUACCAUGGACGCCACCAUUCGAUGAAUUCAUUCAGUACGCCAGGGCAAAACAGCAGGAGACUCUACUUCACCGCGCCCAGCAGCAAGGCCUGCCCUUCGCAACGGGAAAGCAGGCCUUACAGCCUGCGCAACCUUUAUCGGCCAAUAUCCAUAACAUCAGUCAAGCUGCCAACGCAGGGUACACCGCAGUGCGCCCACACCUCAUUGGGGAUGCUCCGUCGCAGGCUACCUCGGCGCCACAACCAGUGCAACCCGCGCAACCAGCGCCAGCAGUCGCAUCGGUGCCGAAGAAGAAAGGCCGGCCAAAGCUGGCCAAGAACUCAGGAAAGAAGCAAGACACGCCCGACUCCGACGCCGGUGGCCUCCGACGCAGUACCCGAACUCGGAACAAGAAGGUUGCGUACGCUGAGAGCUUGGGCUCGUCCAUCAGUUCGCGAGAGCCUUCUCCCGACAAGUCCGAGGCAUCGGUCUACUCGCAGAAGUCGGACCUCUCAGAAUCGCCCACCAAGAAUAUAGCACUGAGGAAGGACCAAGCAGCGAAGCGCACAGAUAGUGCUCGCGGCACCAACACGGCUCCCAAUCUGGGCUCGCUGAUCAAUGACUGGAGCCGCAAGAGCAAAGGUGCUACCCCAGGUCGCCGGCAGCUGCUGCAGGAACCAACGACCGACCAGGACUUUUCGCCCGCCACCCUGAAGGCGCUGAAUGCCGCCAGGCCUCCACCUGGCAUCGACCGACCUCGUCAGAUUCUGCCGGACACAAUGUUGCUCCAACUCCUUGCCAAACCGGACUACAUCAAGCGCAGUGUCCAGGCGAGGGAGCGGGAAGAAAACCAAGCUCGUCAGACUACCGGCCAGUUACCAUCAGCAUCUGCACAAACACAAAUGCGACCACCGACGCGAUAUGGUCCGCCAAGCGGCUCACCUUCUGCCCAAGCUGGCACGGACGAUCAGCAGCAAGCUGCAACGCCUAAUUUCUUGCCUCAGAUGGAUCAUACGUCAUCGCAAGUCAGCCCGUAUGGCAUGCAGCGUCCGGACGUCCAUACCUCGACCACGUUGAAGCCCAUCGACAUGAUGCCUCCUCCACAGGCUCGCCGGGUUGCGUCCGGGCCGCCGAGCUCGUACAAUUUCUCCGGCAACGCUAUGAAAGGCAGCGGGCUAGGCCAGCCAAAUCAGCCAUUCGUACCCACGCAGCAGAAUGCGGACAGCGUUGGCGGUAGCAACGCGAUGAACAAGCCAGAAGAGCAAGCGCAGUCCGCCGCUUCGAUACAGGAUCGACCGUACACCUUCACAGGCACUCUUCCAGCCCCCAACGAAUCGGUGCGUCCGGCCGGAGAUCGCUCGUGGCUGAUCAACACACCUCUGUUCCAAACGCUGAAGACUCUGUCGGACGACAAUAACGCCUUCCUGCAUGCUUCCCGGGCCAAGGGCAGCACUGGCGGUCAACGUCAGGUUCAGGGCAGCGCGGAUCGAUCAGACUCUGUGUUUGACCAGCCUCAGGUCAGCGGUAUGGGGCUUGGGGAGUUCAGCAAUGCUGGCGGCGUAGAGGUAAGUGAAAUGGGUGACAUGAGUGGAAUGGGAAUGUAUGGCAUGGGUGGCGUGACGGGUAUGAGCGGCAUGGGCAACAUGACUGGUUCGACCGACAUGGGUGGCGUGAGCGGCAUGGGUGACAUGAGUCGCAUGGGUGGCAUGGGUGGCAUGGGCUACAUGAGUGACAUGGGAGGAAUGAACGUGGGCAGUGGGCUGGAGGGCGGGUUGGGCAGCAACAAUGACAUGGGCUACGCGGGCUACACGGGUGGGAUGGACAUGGGCAGUGGGUUGGGCGGCGAGACGGAGCCGACGCAGCCAACACCACAUCAUGAUUCCAACAGCCCCACGACCGGCUGUCAAAGCACAACGCCAGCACCAGCUCACAGCUACGAUGACAUGCGCCGCAGCUUCAGCGCAUCAUCGAAGCUCACGCCAGCCUCUGCUUUCGGCAACACGUCUGUCGACGCGGAUCCGAAGAAGCGCCGUCUUACACCUUCAAAUCCAGAUGAAAGCCCGUCGAAGAAGCGCAUGCGCCUUUCUCUGCCGGGUGAGGAAGUAACAAUCCGGGACGGUCCACGCGACAGCUUUCCGAGCGAGUUCAGAGCUUCACCGUCGCAGACAGCAGCGGAUGAUAGCGCGCCUACCCCAGCGCCAAUAUUGAUGCCGAAGGGGAGGGCUCGCAGAUGGGACAUUGGUGGGAACAAGAGCGAUCUCAGCCAGACGUUGGCGACGGAGACGGACACGGGCGAUCUGGCGGGUCAUGAGGAAGGUGGUGAGGAGGUCGUGGGUGAGUUGCCGGAGCAUUUUGUGUCGGAGGUACAGAUGUUUGAGGAGGAGUUUGCCGGGGAGUGGCCAGAGUCGGAGAUUCAUUGGAUUGCUAGAGAGGAAGGAGAGGAUGUUGGAGGGGGUUUCUAG